UUGACAGGAUCGACUGGGUUCCUUGGCAAGGAACUUCUCCGACAGCUCAACGAGCACCCUGAUGUGCCGGAGAUUCAUUGCCUGGCAGUGCGCGAGAAUGGGGCCGGUGUUGCAAGAAAAUCCCCCUUGCUCCAGUCUCCCAAAAUAACCAUUCACGCGGGGGAUCUCAGCUUGCCAAACCUAGGCAUGCCUGCGGACACUUUUGCGCGGAUCCUACAAGACUGCGAUAGUAUCAUCCACUGCGGGGCCGACAUCUCCUUUGUCCAACCCUACGAGCUACUGAAAGCAGCUAACGUGGGUGCUACGCAGGAGCUCGCUAGGGUAGCUGCGCAGUUUUCGAUUCCGCUUCACUACAUCUCCAGUGCGGCGCUGUCACAUUUUACGGGACUCGACAACGUUGGCGAGAUCUCCAUGCUUCCAUAUCCUCCUCCCUCGGAUGGCGAGCAAGGAUAUCUGACCUCCAAAUGGGUCAGUGAGAUCUACCUGGAAAACUGCAGUCGAACGCACAAUAUCCCACUUACCAUACACCGCAUUUCCAGCAUUGUCGGGCCCGAUGCCCCAGCAAUGGACAUCACGAACAAUGUACUGGGCUACUCGCGUCAAAUGCGAGCCGUGCCGAAUCUUCGCGGCUGUAGGGGCUUUGUGGACUUGAUCCCGGUGGACGUUGCAGCGGCGAACAUCGUCGCUGAGGCAGUCGCCGUAUCCUCGGAGACCGCUCUCAUUAGAUACGUCAAUGAAUCCGGCGAGACGCAGGUCGCUGCAAGUCAGCUCAAAGGGCAUCUGGAACAGGCAGCAGAGGAGUCGUUCCAGGAGAUGACCCUUGCGCAAUGGAUUCAGUCUGCACAGGAGCACGGCAUGCCUGAACUGGUGGCGCGAUUCCUCCGAUCCAUG